AUGAAUCACGUCGACGUCGACCAGAUCCUCGAGGACUACGCGUGGCACCAAUUCCAGGAUGUGCAGUCGCUCCGCAAGACGCGCAUCGACGACUUCCGCGGCAUCGACAGGGACGACUGCGAGUUCGUGAUCGUAAGUCGGGUGGGGCACUUGAGCGCAUCCGAAGGCCAUCUCUCAAAUCGUCUUAGCACCGCCAACAGUGGGGGACCGCCUCAGAAUAGUUCGUCGUUUCCCUUUGUUUCUUCGCACCGCCCGCCACCAAUUUAUUAUUGAAACGGUUGGAGAAAAUGGGCGCGUGCCGAUUGGGAAAGACCGUUUUGCCAGGAGAAUUGAAUGAAUUGAAUGAGAAACAAUAAUAAGUGGCAGAGGGAGAGUCAAGUAGGUGAAAGAGUAAUUCACUAGUCUGCCAGUCGAAAUUUAAUCAAAACCAGCUGGCUGGCCCCAUCGGUUUUCGUGGAAUGCUUCGGAAAUUGCGAAAUCAGAGCUCCUCUCGAUGACGUGUCGCUCCGUUCCGCCUGACAGUUCUGGGCACACACCCACCUGUUUUGUGUUCGCAAUUCCAUUCAACUUCCUCCCAUUCCACGCCUAUCGAAUUGUGGCAUCUGACCCUUGACGCCGUUCUGUCACAUCUUCUUUUUCUUCUUCUUCUUCUUCUUCUUCUUCUCUUCCGAUCCCCCUACAUGAUAUGACGCGUGUCGCCACGAAACCGACAGAUUCCAUCGAAAAGUGCGCGAACCGCCCCUCGGUUGUUUGUGUUGGUUGUCCGGUGAAUGGAUUGGUUAGAGUGAGAGGUAUCCCUGAGAGACGCCGACGUAUUUGCGAGCUGAUUUGACAUCAAGUGCCAACGAGCACCGUUUCGUGCUCUUAUCCGCCCGUCGGUUAGUCACCACUAGAGCUUCGAAAUGCUCGCGCGAGUCAGCGAAUAAUAAGAGUCCGGUAACUCGAUCCAGCUCCGUUUCACUUCUUCUCCAUCUCUCUCUCUCCACCUCGUCAUCCCUUUUCCUUUUCCAAAAUUCAAAAGAAAAAGGAAAGAGAGUCGGCCAGUUUAGUCCGUUUUGAAACGCGCUAAUGAGCCCGUCUCUCUCUCUCUCCCUCUCUCUCCCUUUCCGACCACAUUCCAAUGUCGGUUUGUAACUAUGAAAUGAAAAAGAAACCCUCUAAUUAUGGAAUGACCUCCCGGUUGAAUGAGAUUGAUAGGAGAGCGAAAAAUGGGAAAGAGAAGGAAAAGGGAGGGACGACGGCGACAUAUUUACAUACAUUUUAGGCGGUAUUACGGCGACGGCACCGGAGGCGAUUAGAAGCGUAGGGAGGAAGAGAGGAAGAGCGAAAUUAGAAGUGGGAUUAGGAACGAAAAAGGGAAGAAGAGAAGAAGGAAAGAAAGAGAGAGACUGGAAGACAGGCUUAUGGAAAGGGUCCUUCUUGAACUGGGAAGGGCAUCUGUGACGUCGGAAGAUGCGAAACCUACUUCUGAUUGGAAUUGUUGACCUUAAGAGCAAGAUAGGACAUUAGAAAUUUCACUAUCACCCACUUCAAGCUCAUCUAAUCAGAUCUCCAGACGAUCACUCUUUCCCUCUCUUUACUUCCACCCCAUUUGGAAAAUGAGCUCUUCUUUCCUUCUUUCUCUCCCAUCGCGUCGCUCGUUUAUUGAUGAUGAGCACAUUGGAAAGAAGAGGAGAGCGGAGAAGCUCUCGUGGGAAUUCGUCGUUGUUGUCUUUCGGAAGGCACGCGCGAGAACUCGAUUAACACGAAGGGCUACUACUCGAGGGAAAGAUUUCAAAGAGCUCAAAUGAAACAAAAAGCGUUAUCAUUAAUGAUUUCAGAAUCGCAAGUCGCUGGUCGUGGUCAAUGAGGAUCCACAGUAUUCCCACUUCCAACCGGCCGGAUCGAAGCCGUACACUCUCUUCAAAUCCAUCUACACCAACAGCACCAACCGGUAACUAUUGUAGUUCCAGACGAAAUCUUCAUUCAGCAUGUUUCCAGACCACAAGAAUAUUCGUUCAAGACGGAGCGCACGACCGAAUCUCUGUGUUCCGUGGCUCGUGAACAAGGAUACACCAUCGGAGCGGAAGCCGAAUUGACACUCAAAACGCCGUGUAAGUCAUUAAUUUCCUUUGUUUCAUCGCAGAGAGAAAGGACAACCUUGAAGUUGCGCCCAAAAAACAAAUGUUUGGCGCCAAAAGAACUAAUGACUCGGAUUGCCCGAAAACAACUGAAUGAGAAGUGUUUUUAGGUGAAAUCGCCGAGCUGAAAGCGGGAUUCAAGCACGAGAUGCACUUCAACAACCUCAACGAGAACUGCCAGACGGAGGUGCUCUCGUGGGGAGUCGACUCGAACGUCUCCGUGCCGCCGCACUACAUGACCGAGGCGUCCAUCAUCAUCGAGGAGAUGAACUACCGCGGCAGCUACACCGUCGUCUCGAGACUCGCCGGAAGCGUCGUCGUUUCGAUCAGAAGGUUCGUGUCCCCCCAAACAAUUCGCCCCUUUCGUGGGUGUCUAAUCCGGUCAUGUCAUUGCGGUCGGUCGACAAUUCACUCACUCUCAAUAUAAUAAUAAUAGACUGUGUGUAUUGUCCCCCGAUCGGGCGGCCGCCUACCAGAUUGACUAGUAAAAGUAAACGUCAAUUUAAGGGCACUUUGUUCCAAUUCCGAUCGAAUCGAAAUUGACGGAAAUUGAGGGAAACUUCUAAGAGUCUCUUUCAGACGCCGCGACAACGCUCUCAUAAUGCCGAUCCGCGUGGCCAUCGCCGAAGUUUUCCGUGCCCAAUUGGACAACCCGCACUGCAAAAAGGAGGUAAACGGAUCUCGGAAGAAAACGAGAUAAUCGAGGUUCUGAAUUUCAGGUGAAGCAAGUGGUGAGCAUCGAUCAGAACAGAACGGUCCGUCUGAUGAGCAAGGGAUCGUGCCAGUUCCAGUUCGCUAUGAAGCAGCGCAUCGAUCUGAAGGAGCAUCCGAUGAGAGCCGGCGACGAGAUUAUGAUCGACUGA